UACUUCGCCUGCAGUCUGCGGUCACACUGCGCCAAAAGGAAAACAAAAAUAGAGAGCAGUUAAACACAACAAAUAAAAGGAAAACAAAAUGCAGGAUUUACUUCCCUCACUGGAUGUCCUCUUCCUUGGAUUGCCAGGUCACUAUUCGGUGGCACUGAUCACCCUGCUGCUGUGCGUUUUGAUCGCACUCUAUUUCGCCAACUUCUUCAAGGAUAAAACCGAACUGGAGGACGAGGGACUGGGAGCCGACGAACCGCGCGAAGACGAGGAUUCGGAGUCGCAGACUCCCCAGGGGGAGGAAACUGACGACGACGAGGCCUACGAGGAGAACUCCACCGAGAGCGAAGUGGAGUUCAUCGAGGAACAGCUACCCGGUCACAACUACAACCACCUGAUGGGCCAGCUCAAGGCCAAGAGGCUUCAGCACAAGAUGGAGAAGACCCUGACUCCAGGCCAGAUCGAGGAAGAGCGCCGCAUCGAGCGCGAGCAGCUGGCGGCCAUCUUCGACCUUCUUCGCAGACAGGAGGCGGAACUGAAUCUCCAGGAUCGCAUCAGCGAUCAGGAGCUCAAGCAGCAGGUGCGGCUCUACCGCUGAAGAGAAGGGAGACGAAAUCUCAGCUUACCUGAAGGCAGAAACUCGUGUGAUCUAUUAGUUAAAUGUUUACCAUUUUCCGAUUUGCUACCAUAUGCCGCUCACUUAGUGUAGGACUGUCAUUAUUCAAGUAAACUAGCUUAUGAGUUGUUGGUGUUGCGGUAUUCAAAGAAUUCCUAACGUAAUUAAUUUCAAAAUUAUUAAAUACGUGUAGUAGUGAGCGUUAUAUGCGUUUUCUAAUCGAAAAAUUAAGUUUGAAUAGCUUGUGAACUAAUGAUGUACAUUUUCGAUGUUUUAAGCUGCAUCAACUUAACCAUAAGAUUUGGAAACGGCCUAAAGUGCAUACUGGUAGCAUAACUUAAGUACUUUCGCACAUUUAGUUGCCAAAUCCGUUGGUUAGUUUUAACAUUCCUAGGUUUAGUUUCAUUACAAAAUGUAUUUGUUGGAUAAAUAAUGUAAAUCUGUGUUGAAA